AUGGCAAUGGUAGUUGGUGCGUGGCGAGACCCCCAGGACGAUGUACCCGGAGCUCAGGGAACUCAGCCUGCUCAAGCCCCUCCAGUGCAAGGACCACCAGCUGGGGCCCCUCACACACCACAAACCCCGGGACAAGGAGGGCCCCCCAGCACUCCAGCCCAGACCAACCAGCCAAACCAGCAGAGCCAAGGAGGAGACAAGCAGCAGCAGCAGCAGCACAUUGAAUGUGUGGUUUGUGGGGACAAGUCUAGUGGCAAACAUUAUGGCCAAUUUACCUGCGAGGGUUGCAAGAGUUUCUUCAAGCGGAGUGUCAGGAGGAACCUGAGCUAUACUUGUCGUGCCAACAGGAACUGUCCCAUUGACCAGCACCACCGCAAUCAGUGUCAGUACUGCCGGCUCAAAAAAUGCCUCAAAGUUGGCAUGAGACGGGAAGUUUCUUCUUUAUUUACUGCAGCCGUCCAGAGGGGCAGAAUGCCACCCACACAGCCAACUCAUGGUCAGUUCGCCUUGACAAAUGGGGACCCUCUCAACUGCCAUUCCUACCUAUCCGGAUAUAUCUCCCUUCUUCUGCGAGCAGAACCUUACCCAACCUCCCGCUUUGGCAGUCAAUGCAUGCAACCCAACAACAUUAUGGGCAUCGAGAACAUUUGUGAACUGGCAGCCAGGAUGCUCUUCAGUGCGGUGGAGUGGGCCAGGAAUAUCCCCUUCUUCCCAGACCUCCAGAUCACAGACCAGGUGGCCCUCCUCAGGCUGACCUGGAGCGAGUUAUUUGUGCUCAACGCUGCCCAAUGCUCCAUGCCCCUCCACGUUGCUCCUCUCCUGGCCGCUGCUGGCCUCCACGCUUCGCCGAUGUCUGCUGACCGAGUGGUCGCCUUUAUGGACCACAUACGAAUCUUCCAAGAGCAAGUAGAAAAACUGAAAGCAUUGCAUGUCGACUCUGCAGAAUAUAGCUGUUUAAAGGCCAUAGUCCUCUUCACCUCAGAUGCCUGUGGUCUCUCUGAUGUAGCCCAUGUUGAAAGUUUACAGGAGAAGUCACAGUGUGCUUUGGAAGAAUAUGUUAGGAGCCAGUACCCCAACCAACCAACGCGAUUCGGGAAGUUAUUACUACGUCUUCCCUCACUGCGCACUGUCUCAUCUUCUGUCAUAGAGCAAUUGUUUUUCGUCCGUUUGGUAGGUAAAACCCCAAUAGAAACCCUAAUCAGGGAUAUGUUACUGUCUGGCAGCAGUUUUAACUGGCCUUAUAUGUCCAUUCAAUAA